GAGUCCCGCCCGCUCUAGCCCAGGUCCCCCGAACCCUGUCCCGGCGCCGGCAUUCGCGGCUGUCGCUGCAGCCGCCUCCGGAGCCGACUCAGGCAGCCCGGUUCCUGGAUCCCUUCGUUAUCCCCGGUCGCCGUCACUGAAGAUGAGUCCCUGCGCGGCCGCGCGCCUUCCCAGCGGAGACCCCCGGCGCACCUUCAUCUAGCGACUGGUCACCCUCGCAAUUAUGGAUAUUUGAAAGGCUCAGACGGUGUGGAGGGGGAGUUCCCCUCCUCACUCCCCCUUGGUGCUUGACUUCAGAAAUAAUUUAUAAACUGGGAUUUUUUUAAAAAAAGAACUUGUAUUUGAUAUGAACUUUAUAGAACUAUUUAUAAUUUUUUUGAUUUAAGUGCCAAAAGAUUAUACAAAGAUAUAUAGUUUUAUAUAAUUGUUGUGAAUAUUGAAAUUAUAACCCCCAAAGGGUCAUAUCUUCUCGAUAAUUCUUCCUGAAUAAUAUCUUUGGGUCCUCGCUUUUUCAUUUUUAAAAUUUACUUCAGUGACUGUUCUGAAGGAGUAAGCAAUAUAAUAGCAUUUAGGAUGGAUUCUGCCACCCCUGACUGCACGUCAAAAUGUCGAUCCCUGAAGCAUGCGUUGGAUGUCCUGUCUGUGGUAACAAAGGGGAGUGAGAACCAGAUCAAGGCCUUCCUCUCCACUCACUGUUACAACGCUGCAGCUGUCAAGGAUGCCUUUGGCCGGAAUGCCCUGCACCUGGUCUCCUCCUGCGGGAAGAAAGGAGUGUUAGAUUGGCUUAUUGAGAAAGGCGUGGACCUGCUGGUGAAGGAUAGGGAGUCAGGCUGGACAGCACUGCACAGGAGCACUUUUUAUGGACAUAUUGACUGCGUUUGGUCUCUGUUAAAGCAUGGUGUUAGCUUGUAUUUACAAGAUAAAGAAGGAUUGUCACCUUUGGAUCUUCUAAUGAAGGACAGGCCAACUCACGUUGUGUUUAAGAACACUGAUCCCACAGAAGUCUAUACUUGGGGCGAUAACACAAACUUUACUCUGGGUCAUGGAAGCCAGAAAAGCAAGCAUCACCCAGAGCUGGUGGACCUGUUCUCCAGGAGUGGAGUUUAUGUCAAGCAGGUGGUGCUUUGCAAAUUUCAUUCAGUCUUCCUGUCCCAGAAAGGGCAGGUUUACACCUGUGGGCAUGGUCGUGGUGGACGCUUAGGCCAUGGAGAUGAACAGACAUGCUUGGUUCCCCGGCUUGUGGAAGGACUGAUUGGUCACACUUGUUCACAAGUGGCAGCUGCUGAGGAUCACACUGUUGUAUUAACUGAAGAUGGAUGUGUCUAUACAUUUGGUCUCAACAUCUUUCACCAACUAGGAAUUAUUCCUCCACCUUCCAGCUGUAAUGUACCCAGACAGAUACAGGCAAAACACCUGAAAGGAAAGACUGUCAUUGGAGUAGCAGCGGGCAGGUUUCACACAGUGCUGUGGACUCGAGAAGCUGUUUACACGCUGGGACUGAAUGGUGGACAGCUGGGUCACUUACUGGAUCCCAAUGGAGAAAAGUGUGUCACUACCCCUCGUCAAGUCUCUGCCCUUCACCAAAAGGAUAUUGCCAUGUCUUUGGUAGCUGCAAGUGAUGGCGCCACCGUCUGUGUUACCACAAGGGGAGAUAUUUACUUACUUGCAGACUAUCAGUGCAAGAAGGUGGCAACAAAACAACUAAACUUGAAGAAGGUUCUUGUAUCUGGAGGUUAUAUGGAAUACAAGGUUGAUCCUGAACAUUUAAUAGAAAAUGGGGAUCAGAAAAUAUGCGUCCUUGCUCUGGAUGGAGCGGGAAGGGUGUUUUGCUGGAGAUCACUUAGCAGUUCUCUGAAGCAGUGCCGAUGGGCCUAUCCACGCCAGGUGUCAGUCUCUGAUAUUGCUUUAAAUAGAAAUGAAAUUCUGCUUGUCACACAGGACGGGGAAGGAUUUAAAGGGAAAUGGGUUGAAGACAAAAGAAAGAAUUCUGAAAAGAAAGCAGACAUUUUACCAAACCUACAUCAUUCCUCACCAGAUGUGUCUUGUAUCUCUGAUACAAAUAGUGUGUAUGAAAGAAUUCGACUUGAGAAACUUCCUUUUGCCCAUAGAGCUGUUAGUGUCAGCACAGAUGCAAGUGGGUGCAACUUUGCAAUCCUACAGUCAGACCCUAAAACAAGCCUUUAUGAAAUUCCAGUUGUGUCUUCAUCAUCCUUUUUUGAAGAAUUUGGCAAGCUCCUGAGGGAAACAGAUGAAAUGGAUAACAUCCACGAUGUGACAUUUCAAGUUGGCAACAGACUCUUCCCUGCUCAUAAAUACGUGUUAGCAGUGCGCUCUGACUUCUUCCAGAAGUUGUUUCUUUCAGAUGGUACUCCUUCAGAACUGACAGAUGUGUACCGGAAAGAUGAAGAUGCUGCAGGCUGCCAUCUCUUUGUGGUGGAGAAAGUCCAUCCCGACUUGUUCGAAUACCUCUUACAGUUCAUGUAUACAGAUACCUGUGACUUCUUAACUCAUGGCUGCAAACCAAGAAUACUCAUGAACAAAAAGGCAGAAGACUGUAAGGGCUCCUCAGAUUCUCACAUGAAUAAAAUGAAUUGCCAUGCGGAUGAUAACCAGAAGGCAGUGUUUGAGGUUUACAAAAACAACCAAACUCACACAAUUAGUGAAAGGCAGAAAAACAAACACAAAUCUUCCAAAAAGGGAAAAGGUGUUGGGGAAGAUGAUCCUGUAAGGAUGUUGCAAAAUGUUGCAAAGAAAUUUGGCCUCAGUGAUCUGAGUAGCAGGUUAGAUGGAGUCAGAUUUGAAAAUGAAAAAAUUAAUGUUAUUGAGAAGAAAACUGGUGAGAAACUGAAGCUAAGUCAGAAAAAAUGUUCAUUUCUCUAUGAUGUUACCAUGAAGUCUGUGGAUGGAAAGGAAUUCCCCUGUCAUAAAUGUGUGCUCUGUGCCAGACUUGAGUAUUUCCGCAGCAUGCUGAGCAGCUCCUGGAUUGAGGCCUCCAGAUGUGCAGCUCUGGAAAUGCCAAUACAGUCUGAGAUUCUGAAAGUUAUUGUGGACUACCUCUAUACUGAUGAAGCUGUGGUCAUAAAAGAGUCUCAAAAUGUGGAUUUUAUUUGUAGUGUUCUUGUAGUGGCUGAUCAGCUUCUCAUAACUAGAUUAAAGGAAGCCUGUGAAGGAGCAUUGACUGAAAAACUUACCCUUAAGAAUGCUGCUAUGCUGCUGGAGUUUGCAGCAGUGUACAAUGCUGAGCAGUUGAAACUGUCUUGUUUACAGUUCAUAGGGCUGAAUAUGGCAGCCUUACUUGAAGCAAGGUCUCUUGAUAUUUUAAGUGAGGAUGUUUUGAAGGAUCUUUCCAUAUUUUACAGAAAAAUGAUUCCAGCAAUGGAGAGAAGAGUCAUUACACCAUACCAAGAUGGACCAGAUAUUAGCGACAUGCAAGUAGAGGAUGGGGAUGUCUUUUUCAAAGAAGAAAUAAAUAUGGAACCAAAUCACUCGGAAACAAUGUUCAAGAAGGCAAAAACAAGAGCUAAAAAGAAGCCGCGGAAGCGUUCUGACAGUUCUGGGGGCUACAACCUUUCAGACAUUAUUCAGAGUCCACCAUCGGCAGGAUUAUUAAAGUCUGGGAAGACCAAUUCUGUGGAGUCUCUUCCAGAACUGUUGACCUCAGACUCUGAAGGAAGCUAUGCAGGAGUGGGUAGUCCCAGGGAUUUACAGUCACCUGAUUUUAUAGCAGGGUUCCAUUCGGAUAAGGUCGAGGGGAAAGCUAAACCGUAUGUGAAUGGAAUACCUCCUGCAUGUGCUAGGGAAGAUUUCAAACCAUGGGAAAAAUCACCAACAUCUAAAUCUGCUCCCCAGUUCAUUCCCAGUAACAGAGUCGACACUGCGGGCUCGUCCAGUUGGGUUGCUAGCUCUUGCAGCCCAGUGAGUCCUCCUGUUGUGGAUUUCAGAACCAUCAUGGAAACAGAAGAAAAUAGACAAAAAUAUAGCGCAGCACCAAAGUCAAACUUAGGAAAAAUUAUUUCUCAUGGAGUCAAACUUUCUCAGAAGCAACGGAAAAUGAUUGCAUUGACCACCAAAGAAAAUAGUUCAGGAACAAACAGCAUGGAACCAGUUCUGACAGCACCUUCAAAGUCCCCCAAGCCAGCGAAUGCAUGGGCUUCUCUACCCUCACCUUCAUCCAAGUCAUUCUGGGAUUUCUUACCAGGAGAAAAAAAACCUGUUACUGGCCAUGGUUUAGGAGAUCAUGUCAAAAAAGUUGUUUUUAAAGGAAUUGAAAACUCUCAGGCCCUAAAUGUUGUGAGAUGUGCAACUCAUGGAACUCCAGGACUAGAAAGCAAUCAUGUUUCUGAUUUUCCAGUUCUAGAGAGUCCCAACCCCUGGCUGUCCUCCUCACCGGCUGCUCCUGCCGCCAUCGCUCCUGUCACGUUCGCAUCGAUCGUAGAAGAAGAGCGGCAACAAGAAGCCGCACUCAUCAGAAGUCGGGAGAAACCCUUGGCUCUCAUUCAGGUUGAGGAGCAUGCGAUACAAGACUUGCUGGUUUUCUAUGAGGCGUUUGGCAACCCUGAAGAGUUUGUCGUCGUUGAAAGGACACCACAGGGGCCUCUGGCCGUGCCUAUGUGGAACAAGCAUGGGUGCUAGCUUACUGGAGAGAGGACGCGCCCCCAGGGUCGUGGUCGCUACACCGACAUGAAGAAAACCCAUGCACAAGCAUUCUUGCAUAUUUGGUAGCACAUUGUUUUCAUCAGAGCAAAAGUGGAUAUGAUUUCUUCCCGUAGUUUAUAAUGUUUGUAUGACUAAUGAGAAACUUUUUGAAAUUGUGAUUUUAGUAACUUUUAUGUGAAGAUGUGUCAGGAAAAACGUUAAGCUAAGGUUGCUUGGACUGUUUCUUCUACAUUAUCUUACAAAGGAAAAUAUGGGUGAAGUGUAAAGUUUAGGUAUGAUUCAUUACAAUAUUUUUUUUUCGUUUGAGAGUAUGGAGUAAUUUAGAAGAGUUUACCACUUAAUGUUUUUUAAAUAAGACAUUGAUGGGAUUAAGGCAGGAGCCACAGUCAUUACUUCUGAUCAACUGAUGGCCAGAAUGUUCUGUUUGCACAGUAGAUGUGUCUAUUGUUGCUUUUUCAUUGAGCUGUUAAUUUAGGCCUCUUUAAAAUUGGUCUGGUGAAGUGCUGUUCUUCCUAAUUAUUCUGGACAGUUUAGUUAACAAUCAAAGCUGCUCUGGGAGACUUGGAUUCAUGAAGUUUUGUUAGGGUGGGGAGGUAGCACAGAGGCCAUAUGAACUGCCUAAUUGUGAAAGAAUCAGCUUCUUAAAGUGUUAUGAUUUUCUAAAACAGACAUAGGAUUACCGAAUAGUUUGCCAGAGUGCUUGUUUAUAGUUACUUUUUAGUAAUGUGUAAUCAAAAGUUCUGUGAGCCUGGAUUAUAUGUGUACAUGAAAUUUUUGAUUAUCUUCUUUAUAGUAUGCUGUUUGGUUUGUUAUUGAGUGUUUAAAAUUAAAAGGAAAACAAUGGUAAAAUGUGUGCUUUAGUAUAUAGAUAAAAUGAGAAUGUUAGUGCCUGAGUUCUGGGAAAGAAUUCCUGGGAAUAUGUAGGCAGUUCACUUGCUUGAUUUCAGUUGAUGGGAAAUUGGCUGAAACUAACUCAGUGUUUUAGUUCAGUUCAGUUCAGUUCAACCCACAAAGCAGCAGAUGUGUAACAUGCAAUAAAAAGUAAUCCUGAUCCACUUCACUAUGAA